AACCCACCAAAUUGGAUAGGCCCAAAUAAGAGUUAGUCAACUUCAGCCCAAGAAAUGAGACUAUGUGAAGGAAUGAGUUACUAUUAAUACUAUAAUAGGGUUAUUUUGUGAGUUAUGUGAAUUGUGAAGUUUGUUAUUCUCUCCCUCUAAACUCUCUAUGUUCACAUCUUGUAUCCUUCCACUCACUAGAGUUGGAUUUAAUUUCCAGAAAAUUCAAUACAAUUUCCCUUGUCCUUAUCCUUUCAAUUUUAGUAUCAUUACAUUGGUGCUUUCAUUGUCACCAUGACAGAGCAUAGAUUGAUGAGUGAUGCUCAAUUUAAAGAAAGGGUAGAACGCCGCAAUAAGCGAUUAGAUCGAAUUGAUUUCUUAUUGGAAGCGCUACUCCAAAAGCAGAAUGGUUCGAAGAGCUCUUUCCGUGGUGCGAUGAACUCGUGAGACCCUACGACAACCAUUCCGUUCUAAUCACAGAUCCCAUGUUGCUGAAUCAUCAAGAAAAUUUAAACAGAGCAUGGCAGAAUUGUCACGAGAAAAUCCAAUUGCAAAACCGUCGACGCCAUAUUUGGACAGCUUGGUUGCAAAUUUUCCUAUAAUUGCUGCUGAUAUCGACAAAUCAUCUACUGCUAAUGCGCAGAGGAAUAAAGAAAUCCCACGAGCAGAUGAGUUUAUGGUUCAAAGUGAACCAAAAUCCAUGGUGAAUACAAUCGGUGAUUGCAUCGGGAAAAUCGUAGAAUCGCCGUUGAACAAAGCUCUUCCAGUUACGACAAUAUUUUCCUCUUCCCAGGACUUGAUUUCUACGCAUUUCUUCCCUAAUGAAGACUCUGCAAUAUCUGACUCAGAGCAUGCCGAUGCCAUCAACAAGGAUGUUGUGAGAAAUCAAGGUUUGUCUUUGCACUGUGAAAUUCCUCCUGCGUUGCAUUUUAUGACUAUAGGGAAUAAACAAGCUAGUUGUCUGGGACCUAAGUUUCAAUUGCACUGUGAUAAAAUUUUGGAGGAGAACACAUUGGUGUCAUUGACUGCCUCAAUUAAAACAUGCCUAUCUUAUGUUCGACAAAAUGUCCCAACACAUUCACCACCACCAAAACCACCAGAUUGUGCAUUAUUGAACCCUCUACUAUCACUUGAACCACCUAAUAGUGUAGCCGUUGAGAACCGCUUAAUGUUUCCACCGCCGCCAAAACCACCAGGUCACGGUUUUCAAUUGACCCAAGGGGAAUUGCAAGUGACGCGGGCAACCGCUGUUCUUCCACCACCUCCUGAGCCUCCCGAUGUAGAACACAUAGUGGUGGUUUUGCAGGGAUUUGCUACACUUAUAUUUCCUUGUUUGACUGGCUUAAGGAGCUUGUGUCGAAAUGGAUAUCGUGUGACUGACUCGAUACUUGAGAGCUUGAGCAAUUUGUCUCAACUUGUGAUUCUUCAUAAAUUUGACAACAAAUUUUAUACCAUAGUUUCCAUAUUAAUAAUGAAGUUAGUGCAUGCAAGAACCCAGUGGAAUUUUCUAAAGGUUAGUAAUCAAUACAGUGGGAAAGGAAAUGUUAAUUUGGAUGAGAUGUACGUUUCUUAUGGAAAUAGGGGUCCACCAGCAGUAGUCAAUUACACUCUACAUGACUUAUUAUCAUUUCAUGCAUAUGGAGCUAAUAUCAAUCAAAAUAAAGAAAUGUGUGUGGAAGCCUUGCAACAUUUGAAAAGCUUCUGCCCUUUUGUUGAUAAUCUCAAACUAGAUAUAACUUGCAUUAAUGCAAUAACUUCUUGUUUCUCAAGAUUUGAGUAUAGCAACUCAGAGAGUUGGCACUUGGGUAGGGAAGCCAAAGUUGAUGUAGGCUGGUGGAUAAAAUAUCUUUCGGUUUUGAGGAUUGACAAUUUUCAAAUAGUCAUAACAAUUGGAAACUCUACAUUCUUUGUAUUCUAUUUGUCUGAUAUUCACUUUAGCAAUUACCAUGUAUGUCAUGAUGUGGAGCUUGUCAGCACUGUGGCGUUUUCACAUGCAAAGGGUUCUCUUCAAAUCCCCAAUGAGUCACUAGAUACAAAGAUGAGACAUCAAGCAACUCAAUUAUGUGGCAACACAAUCCAAUUAAUUGAGAAGCUUCAUGCUACUUUAAAUACAGCUGUGUUAUUACAUAAUUGUGGGGUAUGUGACAUGUCUAAGAUGAUUUUAGAUUGUUCUAAUUUUCUAAUUGUGGGGUAUAUCAAAACUGGUGUAUUAGAGAGAAAAGUAUUGCUAUCUUUUGAGCUUGUUCCUAAAUGUUGGAUGGUUGUGAUGAUACAAGUAGAUUAUGGAGAUUUUGAUUUUAUGAGAUUGAAUGGUGGUUGUGCCGCCUACUGUGUUUUGAAGUUGAAGAAAAGAGACAUCACCUCCUAUUCAAGUUCAGCUGUGCUUAGUCAAUUUAAUUUGAUUCACUAUUACUUAUGGACUACUCAUCUUUCUAUUUGGUUGUCUAAAUUCAAUAUUCAAGGGAACAUUGGUGAUAGUUAUGGUCUUUGUGUGCUGGUGGAACAUGUUUUAUUUUAUCACUUGUGUGCAAACUUUGAAGGCCUCAAUGGUGAAAACAAGUGUGAAAAUGAAGGUUGUAUUUUGGAUAUUGUUGCAACACAUGUGGAGUAUUUUUUUAUGAGCCACAAGAAGUUCCACAAGCUGUUUGGAUUUUGGUUAUGGCUGCUAGGUGAUAAUCUUAUUUUUCUUACUACGCAGUCUAAGAAAUGGGAACCGGGUGGUGAUGGUUAUUACUUCCAUGCCGAGGAUUCUUUGCAAUUCAAGCAAUGGGAUCCGGGUAAAAUUUGUGUGGUGAUCAAUUUUUUCAACCUUGAGGACAAGGUUGGUUUUAAAGGGGAAGGUAUUGUAAUGAACCCACCAAAUUGGAUAGGCCCAAAUAAGAGUUAGUCAACUUCAGCCCAAGAAAUGAGACUAUGUGAAGGAAUGAGUUACUGUUAAUACUAUAAUAGGGUUAUUUUGUGAGUUAUGUGAAUUGUGAAGUUUGUUAUUCUCUCCCUCUAAACUCUCUAUGUUCACAUCUUGUAUCCUUCCACUCACUAGAGUUGGAUUUAAUUUCCAGAAAAUUCAAUACAA